CAGGAGUGAUAUCAAUACAACACUGUUUUACUUGAAGACAGCUCUUGACAAGCUAACACAAGCCAACGUAUCAUCUUUUAAAGAACAUUCUGUAGAAUGCAUUUGGUUCAUGAAAAUCGCCUGGAAUUUAGCGUUGGAAAGUAAAGGUUUAAACCAAGAGAUGGGUGAGCUGUUUCUACUCACAGACCAGUUUGCCAAGUUGUGCCCACAGGACAAAACAAGUUUAUUAAAACAGAAAUCAUCUCUUUUCAUGGCGGCUGGCUGUUGUUUGGAAAUGGCCAAAGAAGAGAAAAAUAUUGAAGAAAAGAAAAAGUGCUUUUUGCAAGUAUUAGAUCACGUAAACAGUUGUCGGAAAGUACUACAACUGCUGAAACAAAGCUUUAAUCAAGAUCAAGAGAUUACAGAUGACGUUCCUUUGGCUUUAUUUGUUUACGAGUUUGACGCAAAAGCGAACUUGGAUUGUGAUGAUGUGGAGUGUCUAGUGGAAAAGAUUUCUAAACUUCCAAAUGUUGAUGGAAAAACAUUUGAAACGAUUGCAGCUCUUUCAACUGAACUUCAACACACACCAAGAAACAUUCAAAUCACCAAGAACGCGUUGGUAUUGGCAAUUCGCGCGCAUUGCAAGAACAACUCUCCUGACUACCCCAGUUGUAGUAAAUCAUACCAGAAACUGAUUGAGUUGUGUCUACGAAAUGGGGCCAGUGGUGAUGUUGAAAGCAAAGAAGAAGCGUGGAGUUUUUAUCAGGAAGUUGCUAACCUCAUUGAGAGUGACAAAAAGUCCACAAUACCAGAAAUUGAGGUUCAAUGGUUGAUGACAAAAUCAUGGAACACUGGAGUUCACCUGUAUGGAGAUGGGAAAUACCAAGCAGCUGAGAAAUGGUGUGGUAUGGGGAUGAGAUUACUGAAUCAACUGACGGAUUUUAAACACUUUUACGAAACGAAGAUGACUGAACUUUAUUCUGAGAUAUUGUCAGGAAUUGAAUCAGAAGGAAUGAAGAUGUUGGUGGAGGAAUAAAAUAUUACUAUGUUCCUUUGUUCUAAUUGAACUGUUCUAAUGUUAAUUUGUUACAUAUCAAAAACAUUCCAAAUUUGUGUGUAUAUAAAAUUCCUAUAACAAUGAAUUUUUUUGAA